AUGUCAACGAGGAUUCCUGCCUGGCGAAGACUUGGACUUGCGCUGCAGAGUGAGGCCCAACCCGGAGUCGCCGUACCUGAACUCACAACAUCUCAUGGGGGCGAAACUCCGCCUGUAGCACUUCCCGAAGCAGUAAAAGAGACUCAGGCACCCUCAGAGCCUUCCCCUGAGCCUGCCCAAAAUGGCAAAUCGUCAAAGCUUGGCAAACGGAAACACCAACACGAGGCCGCAGAAGAGAGCGAAUCGACAUCAACCAAGAAGAGCAGGACGGUAGCUGAGAAGACCGACGUCCAAGAAGGUGCUCCCACCGAGGCGCCUAUUGGUUCGCAAGACGAUUAUACUAUGCCAGACAGCACCACAGAGGAGCCCUCCUCCAACACAGCUGCCAAGUCAGGAGAUCCGAAUUACCGGCAAGGAAAGAAGAAGAAGCCUAAGCUCACUCCCAGGGACCGCAAAAAGCUGGCUCAGCAGAACGUGCGAGAAGAGACUGGACCUUCACCUGCUGAGUCUGUACCAGUGAGAACAAGAGCGACUUUACUUGCCUCUACUGAGAUCAACCAUUCUCCAGCGCCCUCGUUCUCAACACCAACCAAGCAUCAGCCCAUACUCAGAGACCGCAGCAAAGAUUCUUCAGGAUCACCAUCUACAACCGAUCGGCGAAAGUCUGUCGCCUUUACCCCAGACACAAAACGAGUGGACGGAGAUAGUGGGCAAACGUGGUUCAAAAAGUGGGCGGCAGAGCAGAAGGGCGAAGACCAAGAAGCUAUUGCACAGCCUAGCUUCACUUCAGCACCAGCGACUCUCGACAAGCCAAAGGAGGCAACGAAGCCUGAGAAGAAGGUCAAGAAAAGCAAGGCCAUAGCGAAAGAGAAGGAAGCAGCAGCGUUUGCAGCGAGUGCGGCAGCUAAAGAAGAGCAAGUUGCUACAGAUCCGGUCACACAAUCAGCGGAGGCAACGAAAGACAGUAAGAAGCAACCUGCUGCGGCGAAGGGCAAGAAGAAGGAUCCUUCUGUCUACAUCUCCUACCUCACGCAGUACUACAACGACCGCGGCAAUUGGAAGUUCAACAAAGCGAAACAGAACGACGUAGUAGACAACGCCUUGAACAUCUUCCGUAUCCCAGACGAGCAUUCUGGAGCGUUGCUGGAGUACAUCAAGGGUCUGCAGGGUGCAGGUGUCAUUGAACGACUGAAAGAGAAAACGCUAGCGAUCCUCAAGGAGCUUGACGCAGAAGACGCCAAAGCACCGGCAGGUAUGGACGCAGAUGCUCACAAAGCCGUCAAGGAGGCCGCGCUGCAGGAGCGCGUCACGAAGGAGAAGAAGCGCAGGAAGACUGAGGGUGACGUUGCAAACUUUGCCAACCACCCCAACGGCGAUGCAUACGUUCGUCGCAUGCGCCGUAGCCGUGCCGAAGCUCUGCUGUCAGCUCUUGGUCACACAGCAGCAAUUUUGCCAGCCCCUAAGCCAACUACGAGCAUCAAUCCCAUGAUGCAGAAUCUUGUGCCUCAGGAUCGUGCUCGUAAGAGGAAGCGUAGGACCGACAUCUCGAGCGAUGAGAGUAGCUCGGAUAGCAGCAGCGACGACAGCUCGAGUGACGAGUCUGACUCUAAAUCUGAUGACGAUGCCGACUCAGACUCGGACAGUGACAGCGCAAGUGGAAGUGACUCUAGUUCUGAGAGCGAAGCGUCUGAAGGCAACAACGACAACAUGGCCACCACCCAAACACAUGUCUCCAUCGCCUCUCUCCCAGCAGAGCUGAUCGAACAGAUCGCGUCGUAUCUCGACCUUACCAGUUUCCAAUCCUUCCGCCUUACUUCCCACCGCCACCUUUCUUCCACAGCCCCGAUCUUCAGAUCGCGCUUCUUUACAUCCAUAAUUCUGUCAUGGACCAAACCCUCUCUUCAGCGCUUAGCCGAUAUCUCAACACACCUUGAACUCGGUCUCGCUCUGCAGCAUCUCAUCAUCGACGCCACGCCCCACCACUCCCUUUCGCUAUGGAAAAUGCGCCGCCGGUCCUCAGACGCGGGACACUUCGACCCACUUUUUGAUGACGAAGACGGGCCCAAGCUUAUCACUACACUGGAUGGGGCUUGUGAGUCGUUGCAGCAGCAGGCGGAGACUGAGGCGAGGUGGUUCAACGAAUCCCGCUUCGACGUUGUUUGCCUCAGAAAGGUGUUCGAGAAAGUGAAGAGGCUGGAGAGUGUGGUAUUCGGGUAUGAGGGGAUGGGUAUGAGAUAUAGUAAGUUUGCGCAGAGAUAUUGUGAGAGUAGUCAACAUGAGAUGAGCAGGCCGUUUGUGUCCACCAUGGCUGCUCUCGCCGCAUCUAAUGCUACUGUGAAACGCAUCGAGAUGGCCAAGGGAAAUGGUUUUGGUGCCGUCAGCGUUGGGCGCUUGGAGUCACUCGCCCCGAGCUUGAGAGCUUUCGAUGCGGUCUUUGAGAAGCUCAAGGUUUUGCAGCUGAAACUCCGCGACUGGCGCUCCCCAGACACUGGGUUCGAACUCGAGCGCACCCGCGCGCCGUUUAGCAUCCGCUUCCUCGCAAAAUGCUUCAGCGUGCGCGUUUUGGACCUCAGCUUCUACAGCUGCUUCGAGUCGGAUUUGUUCGGCGAGUUGGUGCGGCUUUGUCGGUUUGCAAAACUGGAGUGCGUCACGCUGGAGUUCCUGAGAGUCGAGCACAGUCGAGAUCUGAUGGACUUUUUGGAGCCGAGUAAGGUGUGCUUGAAGGAGGUGAGGUUGAGGCAUGUGCUCCUUGGUGACGCGGGGAGUGGGUGGAAGGACGUGUUUGAUGGGUUUGCAGACGAGGAGAGGGGACUUCGAGCUCCGCGGGUCUUGCACGCUGAACGAUUGUUCGCGGAGCAGUCUUCUGGCAUCAAAAGCGUGUUAUUUCACGACGGAGAGAGCAUGACGAGUAGGCUGCGCGUUGAGGAAGAGCACUGGAGAGACGAGCUUAGAGAGCGUGGGAGUAGGUAUGUGGAGUCUGAAGCAGGGAGGAUGUGGGAGAGUGGCGCGAUAGCAUAUCCAUUUCGAAGAACCUAG